CUCUAGCAACAAAUUUUGAUGGAUGUUUUUCAUAUUUAAGCUCAUGUUGAAGUGAUUUACAGGGACAAGGACAAUAUGUGAUUCUCAGAAGUACAGAGUGAUUACUUUUCACAGGAGGGGUGGGUAAUGUCCCAGGACAGAACAGGUCACAUGUAAGGGGUGGUAGAGACAUACAGGGGUGUGAAGAAUAGGUGGGACAGAGAGAGCAAUGUGAAAGAAGACAGGAUAGAAAGAUGGAGACGGCGCUAACAGAUGGAUUGAAGAGGGAUUAUGGAUGCUCUUGGUAGAGUGUGACACCAAUUUACAAGGAAAGGCAGGAAAAGGAGGAGAUUUGGGCAGGAUUGUACCAAAAAAGAGGAAAAGCUGAAAUAAUCGCGAAAGGAUAAGGAUAGAAACUGCAUGCUGAAUCAAAGAAACAAGGACCUUCUGUAUUUAACAACUGCACAGAAGGUGGAAAAAGAUCAAAAUUAAUGGAUCGAAUAGGGAGAAAUUAUUACGAUGGACAUGAUGUAAGAAGAUUAAUGUGCACAGGUUCUUCCCUGAUCUGACCCUCUCCUUUAAUAAAUCCACAUCUUCAUUUAUCCUACCAUCUGUAACAGGGAUCUCUUACUCAUUUCUGCUUUAUAUAAUUUUCUCAAUUUCAUUCUCAUCCCCAAAGAUUUCUUGUGCUUGGUUACUGAUCCCUGUUUGCCCUUUAGAAAACCAGCUCUGGGUAGCUUUAUAAAACCAGCUCCUUCCCUUUGGGUAGCAUGUUGGACCACAUGUCCAGGCGUUCUCGCUCCCUGGUCUCUCUUUUCCUGACCUCCCUUGCCCUCGCAUUAUCUGUGCUGGCUUUCUGUACGUCUUACUGGUGUGAAGGAACGCACAAGGUUGUCAAACCUCUCUGCCUUUCACCUGUCAAGAUGAAGAACUGCGGACAGAACAACAGUGAACCUUACACUACAGAAAGCCCCACCUCGGAUCCUCAAAACCCGUUACCAACAUUAUUACCAAAGCGAAGAGAGGAACUUGCCAGGAUUCGACAAAGACAAUUGGCCAAUGCAGUGCACUACAUUUGGGAGACAGGAGAAGACAAGUAUACCUUCAGAUAUUUCCACACAGGAUUUUGGGAGUCCUGUGAAAAACAUGCUGAUGGAGAACGAUGUCGUCGGUUCUUGGAUCUUACUCCUGGAGAGACUCAUGGUGUUCUGUGGUUGUCAAUGAUUGCUGAGUUCAUGUACAUCAGUUUGUUGGGCAUGGGCUUUCUACUCAUGUGGGUGGAAGUGCUGUGUGCUCAUAAAGAAAUGCAUGCACUCAAAAUCAACGCUUUCGCAGCCAUAUGUACAGUGCUCUCAGGACUGUUAGGGAUGGUGGCUCAUAUGAUGUACACUACUGUAUUUCAGCUAACUGUGAUUGUGGGGCCCAAAGACUGGAGACCUCAGACGUGGGACUACGGCUGGUCAUUUGCGCUGGCAUGGGUGUCUUUCAGCUGCUGCAUGUGUUCUGCAGUUAUGACCCUUAAUUCUUACACAAAAACAGUCAUUGAGCAACGUCACCGCCAGAGGCUUCGAUUAGAGGAGGCCCGUGCUACAAGCCACGCUCCGUCCUAUGAUGAGGUGGUCCCAGGUGGCGGGCUGUACUCCGUCAGCGGCCUAUUACAGUGCCCAAAUGGGAUGAUAGACUCUAUGUGGGCAUCCGAUGGGAGCAUGGGACUGGUGCAAGAGAGGGAUGUGCCCACCCUGGUACUGUUUGGAGGAUGCGGACAAGAUUCGUGUGAGGACUGCGAGAGAGAGAUGGAUGAGAUGAAGGAGGCCAUGAAUGGAAUAGAUUCUCCUUGUUAAUCUUGGAUGAUGUGAGUUGAAGGGCUAGUUCACCCAUAAAUGAAAAUGUUGUCAUUAUUUAGUCC